AUGGUCAACGAACGGGACGGCACGAUAAUCGCCUACCUCGAGGAGAGGCUUCGGUCCCUGCAGCUGGAGAACGACGCGCUCAAGUCGGCGAAGGAUGAGAACGAGACCCUCAAGGCUCGCCUCGCAUCCACCGAAGAAAAAGACUCGCUCCGGGGACGUCGCGAGGAGCAGGAGAUGAUGGCGUACCAACGAUGGGAGGCUGCGCUGUCGCCGGACCCGGUGCGCACACGCAUCGCGGACACCGACCGCCUGAUAAGGCGCAUGAUAAAGGAGAGAAGAACCGGUGGCGAGAUCCUCGAAGCGGUCCACGACUUCUUCUUCGACAACGCCGGUUGUGAUUAA